UGUUCCUAAAGCGAAAUUAUGGGACCUAAAAUUGAAUCAAUUAAACAUAGUGAAUCCUUAUGCGAUACAGAAUGCAGUCUCAGUAAUUACGUCUCUAUACCCCAAUGCUAUACAGACCGCAGUGUCUUCAUUACAGGAGCAACAGGAUUCGUAGGCAAAGUCCUUGUGGAGAAACUGUUGAGAUCGUGUCCGGGAAUAAAGAAUAUUUACGUGCUCAUCCGACCGAAGCGCGGACAGGAAGUUAAGGCUCGACUCAACGAUCUUCUAGGAGCUCCUCUGUUCGAUACUUUGCGCCGAGAACGUCCCAAUGAUCUCAACAAAGUUAUUCCAAUUUGUGGAGAUAUUACGUCCGAAAAGUUAGGAAUAUCUGAGAAUGAUCAAGCUCUUCUGUGUCGAACAGUAUCGAUUGUCUUUCAUUCUGCCGCAACUGUGAAGUUCGAUGAGAAACUCAAGCUCUCAGUGGCCAUCAAUAUGCUGGGAACGAAGAGAUUGGUGGAACUGUGUCACAGGAUGAUGUCUCUCGAUGCACUGGUUCACGUAUCGACGGCUUAUUGCAACUGCGAUCGAGCCGAAGUGUCGGAAGUCAUCUACGCACCACCGUACAAUCCCAACGAUAUCAUCUCUCUGGUGGAUUGGCUGCCCGAGGACAUGCUGGAUGACCUGACGCCGCAGCUCAUUGGCAAGAGGCCCAACACUUACACCUUCACCAAAGCUCUGGCCGAGCACAUGCUCCUCAAUGAAGCCGGAAACUUGCCAGUGGCUAUCGUGAGGCCUUCCAUUGUUCUAUCCAGUUUAAAUGAACCUCUUCCUGGAUGGCAGGAAAAUAUGAAUGGACCAACUGCUUCGAUACUUUUACAUGGAAUGGGAAUAGUACAAGUUUUUCAGAUGGAUAAAAGUAAAUUAGCAGAUCUUGUACCAGUGGAUUUUGUUGUAAAUCUUGUAAUAGCGAGUGCAUGGAAUUUAUCAGUUAAGAGAAAGACACCAGGAAGUCCCAUAGUAUACAAUUGCUCAAGUGGCUUACAAAAUAGCAUAACAUGGGGUCGUUUUUGCUCCCUUAAUUCACAUUUUAUGAAGAAAUAUCCUUUAGAAAAUGUUAUUUUGUAUCCUAUGUGUUUAAACGCAAAGCCGCGUGGACUUUACCACAGUAUUCUAACAUUUUAUCUACAAACAAUACCUGCGUACAUUGUGGAUUUAUUCUUUUGGCUAACAAAAAGAAAGCAAAAAAUGGUAUCGAUCUUACAGAAAUACAAUAAAGGUUAUACAAAAAUGGAAUACUUUUCUAUGCGACAAUGGUCAUUUUCUGAUGGGAAUGUGCGAGAACUUUUCAGUACUUUAAGCUCUGAAGAUAGAGAGCUUUUUAAUUUCGAUAUGAAGAGCUUCUCAUGGGAAUCCUAUUUGGAACGAUAUGUUUUGGGCAUCCGAAAGUAUUUGCUGAAGCAAAACUUCAAUAAUAUUGAUGAAAGUCGAAGAAAGCUUCAAAAAUUAUAUUGGAUCAAUAUUGCUUUAAUCUUUUUGGUUGUUGCUGGACUUGUCUACAUCUUUUAUCAGUAUAUAUUUCUUCCUCUGGCAAUAUGAUAUACAAAGAGGCUAUGGAUCAUGAAUUGAAAUGUAUAAAUUCAUUCAUAAUAAAGGUGAGUUUCUAGGGAAUUUAUUAAAUAAAG